AUGUGUGUCUCAUUUCGGAUAGCCGUUUUAUCAGUUAUCUGCCUAACUGUAGCUUCUGGUCAACCGUCGGUUGGAAGCAGAAGAUUGCGAAGAAUGAAUGUUGAAGACGACGCUCAGAAUGAAAUCAACAGUGCUGAAGAUUCUACAUCGAAAGGUAGAGCCGAUGAGAGUUCCUGGUGGCCUUCGGCAGAGUUCAGCAUUUUACAGAAAGUUUAUGACGAUUGCAGUGCCCAUAAACACGUGUCAAUAUGCCUGAAAAGUAAGGCUUUAACAGCAAUAACAAGGGCAAUGGAACAGGACAGUGUACAGCUAGCUGAUGGUCUCUCGUUAGUGAGACAAACCGAUUCGCCGGUUGCAGUAGCGGAGCCGCGUUUCAUGCCUGGUAUGUCAACGGAAGACAAACUUGACACUAUGCUGCGCACGCGAUUCGAGCAAUUGUUAAGCACGCAUACGGUUUCAAUGGAUCUUGUGUCGGAAGGCAGAGGCCGAGGAAAAAAAGUUUUACCCUACCUGAUGCUUGGUAUUUUUACGACUGUGAGCAUUGUUGGUGGUUUGGCUUUGAAAACAUUAGCUGCGAUUGCCGGUAAAGCGCUUAUCGCCAGUAAGGUGGCUCUUACUAUCGCCGGUAUCAUUGCAUUGAGAAAACUAUUCAGCCAUGACGGCACCACUGGAGAAACCACAUUCCAGGUUCACGCUGAUGGCCAUCAUAGUCUUUAAUUCCAAGGCGGAACCUUUAUGUGGUGAGGCCGGCGAAGUCGAGCGCGGUAGACCCAUAUCGAUACUACGAGGAAUAGAACGAAGGUGCCGGUGCACGAGUUCCACUGCCGCAUCGACUUCGCAUUGUGUUAUUUAAUCCUUCACAUAAAACGAUACAAAAUAACCUCAUUGACCCUAAACCAAAGUGACUUCCAAAC